AUGUUCAAAACUGAGAAGCUCAACUUAGAGAAGAUUCGCACCGGAUUGCAGCAAAACCAUGCAUCAUUCCAAAUAUCCCUCACUUUCCAAAUUACAAAGAUUCAGGAUGAUUUGGCGAUGGAAGAUAAAUUCAUGGAUGCCCUGGCCAAAAUGACAAAGAAGGGUAUUUUUUCUCUAUCGUCUGAACAUAAACAAGGGGGAGAAGGUGCAUCUAAAGUAGCACCUCCGAAAUUCCUUACCAAUCCCAUUAUCAAGAAAGAGUAUAGAGGCAAGGAAAAGUUGAUCAAAGACGAUUCCAUAAUCGAUGAUGAUGAAAAUGAAGAGCCUGAUGAAGCUGAAUUAAAAGGGGGAAGGCUCGUGAUGCUGAAUUGA